AUGAAUGACAUCGUGGACCAAACGAGCUCGUUUUCGCUACUGGGGGCUCUCAAGUUUGCACCAGUCAUCUUCCUUGCUUUGUGGGUUGUCUAUCAACGUUACUUCUCAUCGUUUGCUGGCAUCCCGGGACCAUACUGGGCCAGCCUCUCGCGAGGAUGGCUUGCGUACCACUCAUACAAAGGAAACCUUCAUGUGAUCAUGAUGCGCCUCCAUGAAAUCCAUGGCAAGGUGGUUCGGAUCGCACCUAAUGAAGUGAGCAUCUCGGAUCUUACGUCAAUCAAGACAAUUUACGGCAAGUCGUUCUGA